GUUGACGUAGUACAAUUUGCUGAUUUGAUAUGGUGUGGCCCAACACCAAGCAGCCUCUUCCGCAGAGCUUCCAAGCACUUUCAUCUGUAUUUCCUGUGUCUUAAUCUCCUAGAAAAAGCCCCCAAGAAUAUUUGCAAUCUGUAAUAUAAAAUUUCAUACGGCAGAGGAUUCGACAUUUCCAUGUUCUUUCCUCCUCCGCUGUUUACAUGGGCCCCACGACACACCUCUUUCAAUGCAGUUUCGUAGAUGUUGCUCUACUGCUUCUUGAAUUAUUUUGUUUAAAUUUGAGAGUAAAAAUCUAUAAAAAAGCCCUGUAGAGCUCCAAUUGCCAACAAGCAGCAGCGGACGACAAGGCAUGGAUCUAGAUUGGCCAAACCCUCCAAAGUUCAGUGUUGGCCAGGAGCUUGCAACUUUGAUUGCUACCUGUGGGAUCCUGCCCAAGGCUUGGGAGGCCAUAUUUAGUUUUUCCAAAAAUGAAGAUGACAGUUUUCUUCUGGAAAAAGAUGAAGAUGUAGUAUAUGUGAUCUUCCCUUCGUUUCGUAACGAAGAUUUCAUUGCCUCAGAUAGCAAAUAUGGAGAGUGUAAUAUCAAUAAUCAAAAAAUCUUCUCUGCAGGCCUAAAGGGUGAUGUUGAUAAACCGGCUCUUGUUCACAAGGGAGCUCUCAACCGAUUCCUGCAUAUUCUGGAAAAUCCAGAUUUCAAGGCUAAGAUGCAAGAAUUAAAAGAACAAAACAUUAUAUUUGUGGGUCAUUCCAUAGGAGGUGCAGUUGCAGCCCUAGCCACUAUCUGGUUUCUGGAAAAGCGGUUGAGAAACUCCAAUUCCUUUUGCAUUACAUUUGGUGCUCCUUUGUUUGGCAAUGCCACACUUCAGGAGGCAAUUGGGCGCGAGGAUUGGUUGGGCAGAUUUUGUCAUGUUGUCUGCAAGUAUGAUAUUGUUCCUAGGAUGUACCUUGCACCGUAUGAAUCAAUUGCCAAUUCUUUGGAUGCAAUUGUACCUCACUGGCGGAGCAAAAUGAGCACUGAAUGCAUUGAUGUAUCACAUCUUUCUAUGUCGGAAGCUUGCAUUAAUAUUCUUAACAAUGUUGUGAAGUGCACAUCUACAAUAGCAAACAAUUACCCUGGUGUUAGAAGCCCGUAUGUACCCAUCGGUACUUACAUGUUCUGUUCAACCCAUGGUGCAGCUUGUUUUGAGGACUCUGAAGCUGUCCUUAAGUUGCUGCAUUUCAGUGUGCAAGGCCAAGAAGGAAUACCAUUCGAUCAAAUUGCAGGCACCUGUAUUUCAGAGCACACAGAUUAUGGCCAUAUGCUGGAAGGUAUCGAUGAAGCCUUGCUAAAUGCAAGACAGUUUGCAAACUUGGUCUCAAAUUCCUCUUUUGAGAUAGGAAUAGCCCUGGAAUUGGAGGCGAUCGGUGUUGGAGCUCAGCAGGACAACCAUGUAUUUUUGGCACUCAAGAAAGCUGGAGAGGCGAAAAAUGAGAAAGAUAUGAACAUUGAGAAACUCAAUGUGCAGUUGAGCACAAACCAAAGUUUUUUGGCACAGCUGGAAUGGCACAAAAUGAAUUGCAAGGACAAAAACAGCUGCUCUUAUGACUCUUUCAAACAGCAAGUUGAAAAGAAAGAUUUUUAUGUAAAUUUGGCUAGAACAAAAUUGGGAGGCUUCUGGGAUGAGAUCGUUGACAUGGAAGAGAAGCAUGUAUUGCCCAGUGACUUCCGAACCAGAAAUAAAUGGAUCAAUGCUGGCACCACAUAUAGAAGACUUGUAGAGCCUUUGGACAUUGCAUUCCAUUACCGUACAGAUAAGGAAAACAAAAGCUAUCUUUCAGAUGAGGUCCGACCACAUCGUCACAUAGUUCUGGAGAAAUGGAUGAAAGAAAAAGAGCAAACUCGCAGUGGCAGAGAAAGAAGGGGCCGCACAAAUUUCGCAUCCUUAACUCAGGACUCAUGUUUUUGGGCUCAUUUAGAAGAGGCUCGUAAAGCCUUGAUGAGUCUCCAACAAGGGAAAGACAUAAAUGCCUCUCUGGAAGUGUGUGUUGAGUUCGAGACAUACGUUAAGAGUAUUAUCACAGAUAAGAGUAUUUCUAUAGAGGUAUUUUUGGAUCAGAGUAGCUUCAUGAUUUGGUGGCAGCAAUACAGUCAGAUUCAACUUCAAUCCCCACAGUGGAGAUCAAACUCUCCCUUGUAUGACUUCAUGGCAAAUGAGGGUUGCAAGAAGAAAGUUUAGAAAGGCUUUUGCUACAACGAGAGAUAUCACGGAGUGCAUCAAAUUAGUACUAGAUAUUUGAUACCAUAUGGGGGGUUCAGUUUGGUUGGUAGAUGGACAAAAGUAACUUUUGCUCUAAAUAUGUUGUUCCUCGUAUGCUUUUAUUUGCUUUUAACAUUCCUAUCAGACCUUUGGAUUUGAUGUAUGGAAUUUUAACAGUUAUAAUAAAUAGUUAAUGAGAGUUUUUAAAGAA